GCUCGCUUUUCGCCCUGCCUCCUCCUUUUUCCCCUUGCACAGCCCCCGCCUAUUUUUUUCCACCCCCGGGCAAAGGUGUGUUUUGUUUUGUUUUUGCUUUUUUUUCCCCCUCCCUCUUUACUCAUCCUAGUUGAGUCCGUGAGCAGGACUCGCAUCAUAAUAUUGUAGCCGGAGCCGCUCACAUCCCAGGCACGAGCCGCGGAGCAGCUCCCUCCCUCUCUGUCUCCCUGCAAGUUUGCCUUUUAAAUUUUGAAUGAGUCCCCUUUUUUUAACAUUGGGGGUUUCAAUGCCGGCGGCUUCUUGGCUGCGGGGAGCCCGGCGGUGUCACCAGUUGCGUUUUCAAUGCGUUUGAUCUCGACUCGGUCCUGAUCCGAUACCCACCGCUUGCGUUCAAUUUGGGAGACCCCCCCCUGCUUUGCGUCCCCUCUCCCAGCGGCUCCAGGGCUGCGGUUCUCUCUCUCCCUCCUUUUCUUCCCCCUUGCACUGCUUCAUGUUACUAACCCGUCCUAAACUGUGAGAGAGGAGAUCCCCCCUCCUCCUCCUCCUCCUCCCGCACCAGCCCCGCGCCGCCACCUCCUCCUCCCCUUCUCUUUUUGGCAGCACCAGGACGUCCGGUGCGGCGGUGGCAGCGAGCAGCGGGAGCUGCGGGAGCUCGGGAUCGCCCACCCCUUGCCCGCCCCCUCGCCGAGGCGCCCGGGGAGCCGGUGCCGGGGCCGGGCCGCGCCGCAGAGGUCGCGAUGAGCGCACGAGGCGAGGGAUCCGGGCGGCCCUCCGCGCCCGCCCCGGAGCAACCUGCCACCUCCGCGCCGCAGAAGCGGGGACGCGGCAGACCCAGGAAGCAGCCGCAAGAACCAACUGGAGAGCCAUCUCCUAAAAGACCAAGAGGAAGACCUAAAGGAAGCAAAAACAAGAGUCCCUCUAAAGCAGCUCAGAAGAAAGCAGAAGCCACUGGAGAAAAACGACCCAGAGGCCGGCCCAGAAAAUGGCCUCAACAAGUGGUUCAAAAGAAGCCUGCUCAGGAAGAGACUGAAGAAACUGAAGAGACAUCCUCACAAGAAUCUGCAGAGGAAGACUAGAAAACCACACCAUUCAAUUUCUACCUCAUCAGCAGUUGGGUCUUUUGAAGGGAGAAGACGCUGCCUUGACCACUUAUUUUCUAUUGCCAUGGUCUUUCCACUUUUGCCUGGGGGGAUGGGGGAGGGGGACGGAAAUCACAUAACCUUAAAAAGGACUUUAUUAAUCACCUUUGUAAUCCCUUCACAUUCCCAGGUUUAGUGAAAAACUGCUGUAACACAAGGGGACACAGAUUAAUGAUGCAACUUUUAAUUACUGUUUUCUUUUUUCUUAACCUACUAAUAGUUUGUUUGAGCUGCUAAGUAAGGGUGUAUGGGUCAAGAAGAGCUUUGAAUCAGGUUAAGUCAUUCACUGCACUGCAUACAAACAAGAAACUUGUAAAAUAUUAAUUAUAAUGGGCAUUGGAAUAGGAAAGGUUUUGUGUGUAACACAUUAGGCCUUACAACACCUCCAAGGACCCACUCCCUAGCUUAGUAACCUCCCUGUUUAGGACACCAAAGAUAAGGGAUAGAUACUACUCUUUUUAUAACCUUCUUGUAGACUUGUACUUGAUUUUUUUUUAGACUUACUGUUAUUUCAGGAAAAAUUGAAAGCUGAUAUUUCACUUAAUUCAGCUGAUAAGCAAAUGAAAAAAUCAACAAGAAAAAGGUACUUUCAUUUUGCAAAAGGGAAGAAAGACAAAGAUAUGUUGUAUAUAUAUACAAAUACAAACAUAUCAUCAGAAAUAGUAUUAAACAAAAUUCCCAGCCCUCAUCUUCAGGAAAAUAGGAAUUCAGGUAGAGUUGGCUUUCCACAGAGCCAGAUAUUGUUUAGAAAAUAGAGGUGACUGACACCAAUAUAUUCUUAAGCCAUGUAAAGACAUAGUUUUAUGAACUAAAGUGUUUAAAACAAGUAAAAGCAAGGUACCUCAAAUGAAUUGUGAACUUACCUGAACAAAUCAAAAAUAACCCAGGUGUUGGUUUAGCUUUAGCUAAUUCUACCUACCAUACAUCAGUCUAUCAAAGGGAAUGAAUCUCUUCUCAUCACUCAUCAGUCUUGAUGUAAGAACCAACACCAUGUACCUCAAGUGAGUUUGUAUAUUACUUUAAGUAAUAUACUUUGACAUAGGAUGGUUCACAGGGGAGUUUUAACCCCAGUGACAUUUCUCCAUGUUUUCACUCAAAACAGCACUUUUAGCAACAGAUGCAAUAUUACCCCACUAUUCAAUACUACCUCUGAUUUUUACAAUUAAGUCAACAGCCUAAUAAAUACAUGCUGCUAUACACAUACAAUGCAGGAAAAUAUUAUUGGGUAGAUAAUCAUAAAUAUCUGCAUUUUCCCCUUAUUUCUACUUCAAUACUUAAUUGCAAUUAAGAGCAAUAUCUUUAAUGUGUUUCAGCAUGACUACAUCUUUUUCCUCUUUUUAAUAUACUUAUUCCUAUUCUCUGCUAGACUUCUGUGUAACGUACUGUUAACUUGAAUAUAUUUUUGUACUGAAUUGCUUGUAGGUUUGUAAGGAUGAUUUUCUUCAAUGACACUACAUGACAUUUAAAUAUUACUGUCCAAGUUUGUACCUCAAAUGAAAUGUUUAAAGAAAUGGACUAAUCAAUUGACAAAGACCUACCUCCAGACUUUAAAUGGAUUGAACUUGUUACUUUCAAGCAUUAGUUUUGAGACAUUUUAAACAGUUACGACUGCAACUAAUCCCUCAUUCAAAACUAUUUUUGUAAAAGAACAUUGUUGGAAAUGAACACAUUUUAAAUUACUUUCGUAUUAAAAAAAAAACCCUUCAAAGAAACUUGAAGCUUUGUAGGUGGGAAGCAACAAGCUCAGCUUUUGCAUAAUGCAAUCACAAAUAAGUGUUGUUGUUUUUUUAAAAAAAUUAGUAGAUUGUAAGAAAAUGCUUGACAAGUAUUUUCAUGUAUUUUACACAAAUGUGAUUUUGUAAUAUGUUUCAACCAGAUUUAUUUUAAAUGCUUCUUAUGUAGAGAUUUUUAUUCCUUCCUCUAUUUUCUUUUUCCUUCUUUCUUUCUUUCUCUCCUAGUCAGUAUAUCUACUUUAUACCAUUGUAUUAUUAAAUGGGCCAGGGGUAGUUUCUCAGGAAGUCUUCUAUCAGUAUGGCUUUAGUACUGAGCCAAAUGCAACUAAAGAUAACUACUUAGUGGCUUCUUCAAAGACGUAAUUAUCAAGAAAAAUGGACCUCUUCAAAAAGACAGCAGAGGGCUCAUUGCUAAGAUUUGCUGAGAAAGAGCUGAUCAGAGUAUUAAAAUUAGUCAUGUUCAAAUCAACUAAGUUGGAAAUACUCAUAUUUUAGGGGCCAAAUCCAAUAUCCAGUGAAGUCAACAGAAGAACUUCAGUUGACUUCAAAAGGACAUUGAAUCAGGCUUUAACAAUUGAAUAAUUAACGAAAGGUUGGGGGCUGUUUUUAUUUUUUGUUUAGGUUUUGGUUUUUUUAACCACAAUAUUCAAAGGAUGAAACAUAGUGGAUGUAUGUAGGUCAGACUGCAAGCUCUGAGAGAUUUACAGCUCUGAUGAAGUUAAUCAUAUAUUUUCUAUAUGUUGUAGUACAAUCAAAACACAUUACUACCUCUUAGGGCCUACUUUACCUCAUUUUUCAGACUGAAAAAAUGCAUGCGGCCAUUGAAACAGUGAGAACAUCAUAAAAUUUUUUAUAUAUAUAGUUUAUUUUUGUGGGAGAUAAAUUUUAUACGACUGUUCUUUGCUGUCAUUGGUCACUGCUAAAUAAGACUGGACAUUUAACUUUUCUGCCAUUUCUGCAAGUUGAGUAAGUUUGCAGGAGAAAAGUUUCAAGAUGUUUAACUACAGUUUACUUUCUCCUUGAGUGUCUUCUAACUUUUUUGCUUUAUUCUUCAUAUAGAGUUGCUGUCUUUGAUUGUACUUUGAAUCGCUUGCUUGUUGAAAAUGUUUCUUUAAUGGAUUAUCACAGUCUGUUCAGCACAAUAAACAUAAUAGCCUCUGUGA